AGAGGGCGGUUUUCUUGUCCUUGCCCUUGCAGGUGACGCCAUCUUGGCUUCCUCCGAGCGGAGAAGCGGCGUUUACAGUCCGGGCGGUGCCAGUCCGAGAAUGAUGUAGUUUCGAGGCCCGGAGCUCGGUGUGUAAUUCAAGUUCUGGGCCUCGGCUAGGUGACGACUCUACCUGACUGCGUGGGGCUGGCGAGGAGGAAAACAAUGCCCGGCAGUGCCGCGCACUGAGUCCGCUCCCGUCCUGGCCGGGCGCCGAUCCCCGGUGAGACCCCACUUGGCCCUCGGGCGACUGCCCGCCACCCUUGAAGCGAUGCGGCUGUGAGCAGACGUCGAACGCCCGAGCUGAGAGAAGGUCCAGCAAGUAUCCUGACAGCAGGAAUAUGGACUUCUCUACCUAUUACCUAGAGUCAUUUGCUGAAUGUCAGUAAUUCAGCUUCAGUUAUGGGUUGCAUAAAGAGCAAGGAGGACAAAGAGCCAGCUAUGAAGUAUAAACCAGGCGACGCUGCUGGAACUGUUGCUGCAAAUAUUACUCAGUAUGGUCCUGAUCCCACCCAAAUGACACAAUCACCAGCAUUAAAGGGACAAUCUGGGAACUUCAACAAACAUUCCAUAACACCGUUUGGUGGAUCAGCUGGAAUGGCACCAUUUGGAGGUGCUUCUUCAUCAUUUACUGUUGUUCCCACCCAAUACACAAGUGGUGUUACAGGUGGUGUAACAAUUUUUGUGGCUUUGUAUGAUUAUGAAGCAAGAACAACAGAAGAUCUGUCUUUUAAAAAGGGUGAAAGAUUUCAGAUCAUAAACAAUACAGAAGGUGACUGGUGGGAAGCCCGAUCUAUCACUACAGGAAAGAAAGGCUACAUUCCUAGUAAUUAUGUGGCUCCUGCUGACUCCAUCCAAGCAGAAGAAUGGUAUUUUGGUAAAAUGGGCCGCAAGGAUGCUGAGCGAUUGCUAUUACAUGCAGGAAAUCCACGUGGCACAUUCUUGGUUCGAGAGAGUGAAACCACGAAAGGUGCGUAUUCCCUUUCAAUAAGGGAUUGGGAUGAAGUAAAAGCUGAUAAUGUCAAACACUACAAGAUUAGAAAACUCGACAGUGGUGGUUAUUAUAUUACAACGAGAGCACAGUUCGAGUCACUACAGAAGCUGGUGAAACACUACACAGAUCAUGCAGAUGGCUUAUGCCAUAGAUUAACUACUGUGUGUCCUACUGUGAAACCACAAACCCAGGGACUAGCUAAAGAUGCAUGGGAAAUUCCUCGGGAUUCCUUGCGUCUGGAAGUUAAACUUGGACAAGGUUGUUUUGGUGAAGUUUGGAUGGGAACGUGGAAUGGUACCACAAAAGUGGCAAUUAAAACACUAAAACCUGGUACCAUGUCUCCAGAAGCAUUUUUGCAGGAAGCUCAAAUUAUGAAGAAGUUACGUCAUGAUAAACUCGUACCACUGUAUGCUGUUGUUUCAGAAGAGCCAAUUUACAUUGUAACAGAAUACAUGGCUAAAGGGAGUUUAUUGGAUUUUGUAAAGGAAGGCGAUGGGAAGUCCCUGAAACUUCCGCAACUUGUUGAUAUGGCUGCACAGAUUGCUGAUGGCAUGGCGUAUAUUGAACGAAUGAACUACAUCCACAGAGACCUAAGAGCAGCCAACAUCCUUGUGGGUGACAAUCUUGUAUGUAAAAUAGCGGAUUUUGGCUUGGCACGGUUGAUUGAAGACAAUGAAUAUACAGCAAGACAAGGAGCUAAAUUUCCUAUCAAAUGGACAGCUCCAGAGGCUGCUUUAUAUGGACGGUUUACUAUCAAAUCUGAUGUGUGGUCGUUUGGAAUUCUGCUGAUAGAGCUGGUUACAAAGGGAAGAGUACCAUAUCCAGGUAUGGUGAAUAGGGAAGUUUUGGAGCAGGUAGAGCGAGGCUACAGAAUGCCUUGUCCUCAGGGAUGUCCAGAGUCUCUGCACGAGCUCAUGAAACAGUGUUGGAAGAAGGAUCCUGAUGAAAGACCAACAUUUGAAUACAUACAAUCCUUCCUAGAAGAUUACUUUACUGCUACAGAACCCCAGUAUCAACCUGGAGAUAAUCUAUAAGCCAAGUCAACUGCAGUAGGCUGUUGGUCUGCCAAGAUUGUAGGUGUCUUGCUUCUUGACACAAUCAACACUAAUAGCCCAUUUGGAAUGCCACUAUGCAGUUGCACAGAACCACUUUUUGUUUCUUGAACAUGUAUCAUCAUUUGCCAUUUCACUUCAGGGUACUAAGGAAUUUUUUAUGAACACUAAUUGUUUUUAGCCCAUGUUUUUAAAUGUGAAGAGAUACAAUCAUGUAAAACACUAAUCUAAAUAUUAACUAAAAUCCACUAUUUUUGAAAAGGAGUAAAUUUUCAAUGUCUGAUAAGCCUCUUUGGGUUAAGUUUACCCAGGAUUUUUUUAAAUAUAGGGUGCGUGCAGGAGUUGAUCUAGUUUGGCAGACCUCAGUAAUCAGAUGACUGUAAGCAUGAGUAUUGCACUGUGUUCAAUACUUCUACUGAUGUAACUGGAAAUACAGCAUGAGAUUUUAAAUUUUAUACAUAGUUUGAGUUUAAUUCAGAAAUGCAGGAAAAUAAUGAACACAUUUUGUAACUAUGAACUAAACUACAAUCUUUUAAACUUGAAAUCAUGUAAUAUUAGCUUGGAAGUAGGUUUGGGGUGCUUUUUGAUUUUUGGCAAAAGUUGGUUUCUAAAGAAUAAAUUUCCUUUAGUGACUGUAAAAGGCUUGGUAUUUAUGAUAUCGCUAUUUUGCUAAAGAAAAUUAGAAAUCAUAAGCAAGGAAAGUAAGCAUAACUUGAAGCUUCAGACAUAUCAAGCAAUAAUUGACGCAGUGUUAUUGCUGCAAUGUGAUAUUGACCAAGGUAGAAAUGUCUAUCAUGUGUGAACAGCAACACUAAGUUUAUUAAGGAUAAAUAAAAAAAUGCUAGAACUACUUAGCAUUUCAGUAAGGUUAAUAUAUACUGUGGGAAGAAUGCUGAAAUUUAGUCAUGACCUUAUCAGCACUGAAGCACAAUUCCUUGAAGGUGGGCAAAUAGCAUAUUCUGCGUAGUCUAAUUUCCAAAUGUUUACAGAACUUGUUCCAUCCAUGGAAAUUUUUUCUACGGAGCAUAUCUUCUUAAUUAGUGCCAUCAAUAGUACAUUUUUCCUUCAAUAUAUUUUGUGAUAGUUUUAAAUCUGUAUGAAAUCAUAGAAUCUAAUUUUUGUUCAUAACCUUUUUGAAAAUAGCCAAGCCUGGAUGUUUGUUUUCUGUACUAAUUUCAGAUUUCCUUUGGCAGAAAGCUUUCUAGUGAUUAUUUUCAUUAAUGGACAGAAUCAUUCCUGUAACAAUUGUUCAGUAAAUAAACACAAAUUUGUGUUACCACUUUGCUAAAAGAGGAAAAGUGGCUUGUUUUGACUUAUUUCCCAGUUAUCUUUUUGAUUUCCUGUACCCUCAAACAAAAUAUAAUGCAAUACAUGAUUUUCUAUUCUGUUUCAUUUAUAGUGUGCACUUGUAAAAUCUGCUUAAUUGAUUUUCCAUCUCUUAAAGCAAUUUCCAAAUUUGUGGGGAAAUAUGCUCAAAGGAUUUUUCUGAAACUGCCAUACUCAUAAUUUUCUGUGCAUGAAUAUAUAUUCCUAGGUUUUGAAGUAUUGCCAUCAAAAGAUAGGAGUUGUGCAGCUGGUGGUGAAGAGGGAAAAGAAUAUGGAAUCAUAAAAUCAACUCCAUAACCACUGUGGUAUAAUGUAAAAGGUGUAUUUUCAUGCAUUGCAUGUAAAUCCACCUUUUUGCAAUAUUUAAGAAAACCAUGUUUUUAUUUUGAAAAUUGUCCUUGCAAAUUAAUCAGUACUGUUUUUUUUUACAGGGUAGACUUGAAUUGAAGCUUUUGUAAAAAUGUGGACUUUGGCUAACAUUCAACACGAUUGUGUGUUGGUUGUAGUUUGGGUAUUAGCUCCUCAUGUUAGACUUAGACUGUUCAGGUGAAAGAUACCCUUAGUAAGAGUGGCUCUACAGUACAGUUAUCUCUAAUUAACCACAAAAGAAAAUAAUUGUUUGUGAAAUAAUGUCACACAGACAACGUAUGUUCCAGAGUGUUGAAAGAUAAAGCAUGUUAAAAACAAUGAAACUCAAUAUGAAUCCAGUAAUUGAUCUUAAAGUGAUAGACAUUAAUUUUCAUCAGUUUCAAUAUGUAAUGAAGAGAUGACAUAGUAUUGCAAUAACCAAUUUUACUGCCAGAUUGAACUGCAUGUUACUCAAUCCUAGUACUUGAUUUCAAGAUAUGAAUGGUUCUAAUGUAUAAAUGCAUCCAGGAGUUUGUACUUGGCACAGAUUAUUCUUUUAUUGCUGGAUCAGCUGUUACUUCUAAUGAGGUGGUGAUGGUGGCAAGCCAGUGCCAUGGAUUGCUACUGACCUUCUGUUGAAGAUGCACUCACGUGUAAAGUAUUACAGGAUUUCAGCCCAGUAAUGAAAGGAGUAACAAUAUAAUCCUGUGUCUCAAUCUUGGAGGAUACUGCAUGUGAUGGUGCCAAUAUUUACUCUAUGGUGCUUCUUAAAUUCCUGAAAAUCUAAUGUAGGGACUUCCCACCAAAAAAACUACAAUACCAUUGCAUUGACAUUAUCUCGUUACUUAUCUUCAAUCUUGAGCUACAUAUGUGCAGUUUUGUUUUCAAUUUGAUCCUAAAGCCAAAAUAGUCUCUCACAGCAAACAUUGACUUUCAGUGCUGUAGCACCACCAUGGCUGUUUCCCAUUGACCUGCAUCACUCUGUACCCCUGCACACAAAUCACCCCACCAUUGGGUUACAACAAUUUGGGUAAUGGAGAUACACCCUCAUGGAAUUCACAAAUUACUAAAUUAUCUGAGAUAUGAAAUAGAAAUUCACCGUUAUGGAAUUCAUGUGAGGGGAAACAUAAACACAAAUUGUGUACUUGUAACCUCCCAGCUAUUGUCUAAAUAUCACAGCUACCAGUUCACCCAGAGAGCCAUUUAGGAGACUUGAUUCAGAAACUGACAAAGCAAUCUCUUCUAUUGAUUAAAACAACCCUUUUUCUUCUGCUUGCAUUUGAUUUGGUUUCACAGUGAACUGUUCAAACUGCUUAGCUUGAAUACUGGAUAAGGUUGCAUCUUUUUAGCUUUCAUGAAAAGAUAGAUUGAAGACUUUGAGAAUUGUGAGGAAUAUUGAUUUCAAUUGUGGAGGAAAUUUUAAAGGGCUUUUGGUAAUUGCUUGCAAGUGGAGAUGUAAACCGUAAUUAGUGUUUUAAACUAGUAUCAGUCAAUUGUCUGCAAUUUUUGUCUCAACAAAUCUGAUAUUAAGAACUGUUGUGUUUUGAUUUGUGUAUCUAGAUUAAAUCUUGUGUUUAAAUAACAUCAUUCCAGUCAGCUUGUUAUAAACAUCUGAUCAGAAAUUUGGAUCUUUCUCUUAUUCUUGGUUUCAAUUAUCUCCCACAUUUUCUCUUAGAUCUUGCCAAGGGAGUGGGAUGUAUUUUGC